CAGUGCAUUUCCUUUACUGCACGGCACUGAAAUGACUCAACCCAGCAGCACAGCCUCUACAUGUGCAACUCGGUGGAAAAUGUGGCUGUUCAAGAUUUUAAGUGUCAUAUGUUUCACUGCUGUUUGUGCAGCUCAGGAUCCUGAGGAUGCAGUCACCUCCUCCUUUGUUGAUACGACCAUUCCAAUAGAGACCACAAUUCCCUACGAGCCUCCUGUACCGACUGUUCAGCGUCUGUCAUCCUGGUUGGACGUGUUCCCUUCUGAGAAAGUGGAGUUUGGUUGUAAUGUCAAUGGCAGCUCUGACUGGACGAUCACCUGGUACAGAGAUGCAGAGCAACUACAAGAUACAGAUCCCAAUGUGUCUGCAUCGGGAUCAAAGCUCACGAUCACUGCAACCACAACAACAACUGGAAGAUAUUCCUGUAAAGGUCAUCACAAAACAAAGCUAGAUGUUACCACGGAAAAUAGUGCACCAGUCCAACUCACAGUUUAUGCAAACCCCCCCAAACCCACUUUGACCCGGAGUUCAAAGUUUAACACGAUGUUCCCCGGAGAGUCUGUCACCUUCACAUGCAAGGUCAAUGUGUCUUCUGGGUGGAGUUAUCUUUGGUACCAUAAUAACACAGAAAUCCAAACUUCUGAUGCUUUUCGAGUUGACAUAAAUCAUUCUAAAAGUGGACAGUACCACUGCAAAGCCAAAAGAGGCAAAAGCCCAUUCUUCACAGAAGUGAGUGAAGCAACAACUCUACAGGUCUCUGACACACCCAAACCGUUUCUAAAGCUGCUGAGUCCCUGGAUGGAAGUGUUUGAAAAUGAGACGGUGGAGUUUAGCUGUGAAGCGGAAAGCGAUGACUGGACGAUCACCUGGUACAGAAAUGAAAAGGAGGUUCAGGAUGAUCUACACGUGGAAACAAUGGACUCCUCUCUCAACAUCACCUCGGUCACUCAAGCCUAUCAAGGACGCUACUCUUGCAAAGCUGAACUCGAAUCCAGGAAAGUCAGGUCUGAAUUCAGCAACACGGCUGAUCUGAGAGUUUAUGGAAACACACCAAAACCAACCGCGAGCAAGGGUCCUACUCUUAACCCGAUGUAUGUUGGAGAAACAGUGAACUUCACCUGCAAAGUUACUGUGUCCUCUGGCUGGGAGUAUCAAUGGUACAGAAAUGGAGUACAAACCACUACCGGGGAAACCAUCAGCAUCCCUCUCAGUCUUUCUAACCAGGGGAAGUACUGGUGCAUGGCCUACAGAGGGGAUACAACCCAAACAGAGUUCAGUGACGAAAUACAACAAGAUGUACUUGACCCACCCAAACCGUCUCUAAAGCUGCUGAGUCCCUGGAUGGAAGUGUUUGAAAAUGAGACGGUGGAGUUUAGCUGUGAAGCGGAAAGCGAUGACUGGACGAUCACCUGGUACAGAAAUGAAAAGGAGGUUCAGUUUGAGGUUGAUCUAAUCGAGGAACCAAUGGACUCCUAUCUCAACAUCACCUCGGUCACUCAAGCCUAUCAAGGACGCUACUCUUGCAAAGCUGAACUCGAAUCCAGGAAAGUCAGGUCUGAAUUCAGCAACACGACUGAUCUGAGAGUUUAUGGAAACACACCAAAACCAACCGCGAGCAAGGGUCCUACUCUUAACCCGAUGUAUGUUGGAGAAACAGUGAACUUCACCUGCAAAGUUACUGUGUCCUCUGGCUGGGAGUAUCAAUGGUACAGAAAUGGAGUACAAACCACUACCGGGGAAACCAUCAGCAUCCCUCUCAGUCUUUCUAACCAGGGGAAGUACUGGUGCAUGGCCUACAGAGGGGAUACAACCCAAACAGAGUUCAGUGACGAAAUACAACAAGAUGUACUUGAAAUCCCUGUCCCAACUUUGAAGCGGAUCACACCGUGGCUGGAUGUGUUCCCCACUGAAGGUGUGAAGUUGAGCUGUGGGAUGAAUGACAGCUCUGACUGGAUUUACAAGUGGUCCAAAGAUGGAAAUGAGGUUCAAGCUGACAAGUCUCCAUCUUUUGACUUGAAAGGAGCAACCCUUUCCAUCAGCUCGGCUUCAGCUGCACACACGGGACAUUAUACCUGCAAGGGACAGCUGGGCCAAAGGUCUGUCAGCAGCCGCUUUAGUUCUACACUUAAUCUCACAGUAUAUGAUAAGAAACCCACAGUCCUACUGCAGCAGGAUCCAGAGUACAACGUGAUGUUCCCCGGAGAGUCAGUCUCCUUUAGCUGUCACAUUGAUGUCUCCACUGGAUGGGAGUACCUGUUUUACCAAAAUAGGAAACCCCUUAAUGCAUCUGGAAACAAGUAUCCAAUCAGCUCUGUUGACAUAACACAUUUGGGAUCCUAUACAUGUGAAGCAAAGAGGGGCAGUGGCCAAAACUAUUUCACCAUCAUCAGUCAGGCUAUUGGCCUUAAAGUUGAAGGGAACAAGCCUAAGCCAUCGAUGACUCAACAGCCAGAUGUUGACAAGGUGUACACUGGAGAAUCAGUGUCCUUCGAAUGUACAGUUGAAGCCUCGACUGGCUGGGUGUAUCACUGGUUCAAAGAUGGAACACCACUCCCAAUCAAAAACCGUACUUUCAGCAUCAAUGAUGCCAAUUUGUCGAACAGUGGGAGUUAUAGUUGCAUGGCCACAAGAGACAAGACUAAGUAUAAUACACAGCACAGUGAAAGAAGGUCCUUACGCGUGUCUGAAAUCCCUGUUCCAUCUUUGAAGCCGAUCACACAGUGGCAGGAUGUGUUCCCCACUGAAGGUGUGAAGUUGAGCUGUGGGAUGGACGGCUCCUCUGACUGGAAAUACACAUGGUUCAGAAACGGACAGCUGGUCAGGAAGGAAGAUGAAGUUCUGUAUUUUGGCUCCGAUGCAGCUACUCUCUCCAUCAGUUCUGCUUCAGCCUCUCAGCGUGGACAGUACAGCUGCUCGGCACAACUCAAGAGCCGCUCGGUCAGCAGCAACUCCAGCUCUGAGACAACACUGGAGGUUUAUGAUACAAAACCCAGAGUCACACUGAUGCAGAAUCCCAAACACAAUGUGAUGCAUACCGGAGAUGCAGUCACCUUUAGCUGUCACGUUAAUGUGUCUUCUGGAUGGGAGUACUGGUGGCUCAAAGAUGGCCGUUCAUUCACCUCUAAAUACAAUCACACCAUCAGCUCUGUUGUGACAACAAACACAUCAUAUCAAUGCCAAGUUAGGAGAGGAACAAAUACAGCCUUCCGCUCAGACCUGAGCCAGGCUGUGGGACUCGAGGUUAAGGAGCGCCCAACGGCUAAUAUAAUCCUGUUAACUGGCUGGUCGGAAGUCUUCUCCACUGACAGCUUGGUGCUCCAAUGUGAGAUGCCAAAAAGCCAGGACAUAUGGAACUACACAUGGUUCAAAGAGAGACGUCCAAUCAAUCUGAUCUCUGAGAAGCACACAGUCACACCCCAGAAUAACCCUGAGCAGAGCCUGUACACCUGCCAGGGAACUCGCAGUGGUAGACCAACUUAUUCAAAAUUCAGUGAAUCUUUCACAACCAAGAACCUACUUUUGAAGAGAAGGGUGCUUCUCUCCAUCUCUGGCCUUAUCUUCUUUGGCAUCAUCGCUGUCCUCCUUGGAUGCAUUGUCCUCAGAGUCUUCCGGAAACCAGAUGAUGGUGACGAGAAGCUAGAAGAAACAGAGCUGUUUCUCACCAUGGCUCAGCUUAAGGAGCGUGAUGAUGCACCCUGUCCAAUGGUUCAAUACAUCACUGAUGCGGAACUGAAUUCUUCACCUAAGGAAGGGGAAGAGAAUGGAACAGCCUGCAGUGAGACACCAUUACCAAUAACCUCACACGAGGAUCAAGCCGUGACGAUUGAGAGCAGCGGUACAACAGAAAGCAAUGGUGGGCUGGUUUCCUUUAAACAAUAACUCAACAUACAACACCGGAUUGAGUACAAAAACCUCCUGCUCACAUACAAAGCCCUCCACAACCCGACCCCCACCUAUCAGGCCGAUGGGUGGGGGUCCUUCAGCACAAUAAUGAAUCAUGGACCAAUAUAUUGGCUGGCAUUGCCAUAGAGAUGUGUACACAUUUUUUCUGCACAGAAAAUUGUUUGGUUGAAUUAGAAUUGUACAUAUUUUAUUUCACAUCAUUAAACUGUUAAAGGGAAUACAAAAAAAAAAGUAUUAUUUAUGUAAUAAAUGAAUGUUUAUGUUUAACUGCUGACAAUUAUUCAAUUCACUGUAAAUAUGUGUUAACUGAAGGAGAAUUAAGUACGUUUUCAAUUCUUAGAGCUACCACCUGUGGCCAGAUGCAUAGUAGACAUGUCAGACAAACCUUUUCUCAUAAAUUGGUCUUUUUAAAGGAAAAUGUGUGUAAAUUGCUUCAGAUGAGACGUACUCUAUGAACUUAUCGUAAAACCUAAUUUGUUUGCCUAUUUAAAUGAUUGUAUGAUUAUUUCUGCAGCCCACACAGCUUUAUGUAGUUGGUUUCAAUGAGAACUUAAAUAAUUCAUUAAAGAUCUUUCUAACGUGGAUGUCAUACAUAAUGUAACUUUGUAUUAAAAAUAGACUGCAUACUAUACUAUGACUUCAUUUGAGUAAGUAUUGAUACAUUAAAAGGUAGAUUUAUAUUUCGGACAUAAAUAAUUGUCUGUCUUUGUGUGAACACAUCGGUUAGUCGUGAAUGUUAUGCAUCUUGCCCCAGAGGUACGUGAAUGUAAGUUAGUCUUCUCCAAAGCUUUCAGCAAUGAGUGUUAUUUUUUUCUUAUUUUUAUCUAAAGUGUGCAAUAACAAUGUCAUACAAGCAAUUUUGUCUUCCUAUGAAAUAAUCAAAAUAAAAAAUACAAAAUGUU